CUAUUCGUGUAUAAAUAAAAGAAGUCACAGGAAUAUCAUAGAACAAUUCAAAACACAGUACCUCAUAGCUCAGUGCAUAUCCAAGAUGAAGAAAGCACAAGUUGUUUUUAUUCCUUCUUCUGGUUUGAGCCAUCUAGUUUCCACCCUUGAGUUCGCCAAGCUUCUAAUCAACCGUGAUAACCGUUUCCGAAUAACCGUUUUAGUUAUGAAAUUCCCAAACACCUCCGAAGGUGAGUCAUACAUUGAUUCCCUUACCAUCCCUGAUUCUCUCCACCUCGUCAACCUUCCACAAAUCUCUCUUCCUCCAAACACGGAUCGAGCUUCCGCCAUUGCCGCUCUCCUCGAAGCUCAAAAACCAUAUGUCAAACAAGCCGUCUCUAACCUCACUGCCAAAGAAGAACAACAUGGACCCCUCGCUGCCUUCGUCGUUGACAUGACCUGCACCAGGAUGAUUGAUGUUGCCAAAGAAUUUUCCGUCCCCGCGCUCAUCUUCUUCACUUCUGGCGUUGCUUCCCUUGGUUUGAUGCUUUAUCUUCACACUCUGUUUGAGCGAGACAACUUUGAUUCGACUCAGUUACAGCAGCAGAACGAGUUAGCCGUUCCAAGUUUCGCCAAUUCAAUUCCCAUAAACUCGUUUCCUAGUUUUGUGCUAGACAAGAAAUGGGAGUCGUUUUUUAUGAGAUUUGUAGGAGGGCUCAAGAAGCCAAAUGGCAUUAUAGUAAACUCAUUUGAAGAGCUUGAAUCACAUGCGGUCCAAUCGUUUCUCUCUCAUCCUGAUCUAGCAGGGUUACCUAUAUAUCCGGUAGGGCCCUUAUUAAACCCUGAGCCCAAAACGAGCAUCGUGGAUUCAGAUGAUAUCAUCAAGUGGCUUGAUGAUCAACCUCCUUCUUCGGUAGUUUUCCUCUGCUUCGGGACUAGAGGUUCUUUCUAUGCUGAUCAAAUCCAAGAGAUAGCACAUGCUAUUGAAAAUAGUGGAGUUCGUUUCGUGUGGUCUCUACGUAAACCCUCACCGGAAAGUUUUAUGUCCGCACCCUCUGAUUAUCCACUUUCAGAUUUGAUUUCGCUUUUACCGGAAGGAUUUUUAAAUAGAACGGUUGAAUCAGGAAAGGUGGUUGGUUGGGCCCCACAGGCUCAAAUACUUACUCACCAAGCUAUUGGAGGUUUUGUUUCGCAUUGUGGAUGGAAUUCCAUAUUGGAGAGCAUACAUUUUGGUGUGCCUAUUGCGGCAUGGCCUCUUUAUGCGGAACAACAAGCAAAUGCUUUUGAAUUGGUGUGUGAGCUGAAGUUGGGUGUGGAGAUUGCAUUGGACUAUCGAGUGGGGUUUAAUGGUGAUCAUAACUAUGUUGUAACCGCAGAAAAAAUUGAGAAAGGAAUAAAGAGUGUGAUGGAUGAGGCUGGGGCGGUAAGAAAAAAAGUGAUAGAGAUGAGCGAAAAAAGUAAGAAGACUUUGUUAGAGGGUGGAUCUUCCUACACUUAUUUAGGUAAUUUGAUUUAUUAUAUUAUGAAUCAGGUAUAAAACUAAACAAUCCUAAUACCAAUAUCCAAAAGGUUAGUAGCUAUUGGGUUAUUUAUCACCAUUAAUAAUUGUAAUAAGGAAUAAUCACUUUUCCAAAUACUUAGGCUAGAAGGCUUACAAAACUCUUGACUAACGGCCAUAACGAUCAAUUAAUUUUCGU